AUGAAUGCCUUUUUCCAUCAUGACAGCAUGGAGGGAGUUAAUGGUUCGCAUGCCUUGAAAUUGUUUGAUUCUGUUAAGGGAUUUAUGGGCACUGAUUCGUUAGAACCAUCUCCAUCAAAGUUGUCCUCAAAAGGCAGAAGUAAGAGGAAGAAGAUUUCGGGUUCAGAGACCGAAGUUCUGGCAGCCCCUCUAUCCUUCAUGGAAGGCUCUACACCACAACAAACCAAUGGAUAUGACUGUGGUCUUUAUGUUAUGGCUAUUGCGAGGAUAAUCUGUCAGAGGCAUGCAAAAACUUCCAAGGGCAGCAUUGAGAGCUGGUUUUCUGCUAUAGAAAAGCAUGUCACUCCAUCUGUGGAAAUGACUAUGCGAAGUGAGGUGAUGGGUCUUAUACAGGAUCUUAGGAACAAGGACUGAAAUGUUGUUGCUUAUCCCCUUUCAGGUUGUAUGUCAACAAUUUUUGUGCAUUAGUUUAGAUAUAUGUCAAUUUAGGUGGUAUGUUAGGCAUCUCUUUUGCAUUCUGCCAGCAAUUUUUUCAGAGCUGUUUCAUGGACUAAUCUCAACUAGGGUACUGGGGAGCUGUUCUUCUCUAGUUUCUUUCUCCCUACCUAGUUGUCCACUUGUUUGUAUCUUUAGUGGCACAUCCCUUAUCUUCAUUUAUUGUAUCUAUUCUCUAUCUCGUUAUAUAAUUUUUCAUUUAUCCGAAAAAUUUGGAUUUGGUCU